CUGGUGCGCUUGGUGCGCUAGGUACGGACAGUGACUGGGUACGUCACAGUUCACGGAUGGCCCGGCUGAUGUAUAUUCGACGGAUGGGCGGUUUUCUCCAUGUCCUGCGUGCGUGUCUCGAGGCGGUAAAGCCAAGCUUGUGCAGCAGUUCAGUUGAGCGCAUAAUGAUUAAUGCCAGGUUAUUGACGGCCAGGCGUCAGAAAAGCCAUCUCCUCCCAAGAAAGCGCCAUUCACGACUGGGGAUGCCCUCCCCCUCAAUAUCCAUCUGUGGGGUAUGUAGCUGUCGACCUGUCACUUCUUUGACAGUUCCACUUACACUACAACCACAUCGGUCCUUGCCGUGAUUCCAAAACAAUGCAACAAGAGACCACCGGCACUUGAUGACGAAUGUGUGGUAUACAUACAAUGUCAUGGGCUGCCGCUGCAUUCACGUUCGGGAUUGGAAUCGUCCACUCGAACGUCGACCAGACAUUGUCAGAUAAUGACAGAUUGUUUUUUUCUUAUUGACAUUGAAGGUGGACCUGGUCCUAACUUAUAUAUCACAUUGAACCCCUCACAACUGGUUUGCAUCCAUUGCAGAACCUCACUGUGACGAAAGAAACAGAAAAAAAUAAAGACAACAAUAAAAAUGAACUUGGUUUCUUUUUUUUUUAAAAAAAAAA